AGAGAGAGAGGGAGAGGAGUGUGUGAUCAACAGCAGAGGGUGACCAAGCUUUCAAGCUAGAAAGGGAGAGAGACAGAGCAGAAGAGAGAAUGCUGACAGUGGGUGAGACAGACACGAGAGUAGAUAGAGGAUAGAGAGAGAGAGAGAGAGAGAGAGAGAGAGAGAGAGAGGAGGGAGAGAGUGUGUUGUGUGACUGAGUUGGAUGUUUGCAUCAGCUUUAGCAUUGCUGGCUGUUUCAAUGAUCAGACACACCGGUCCUCACAGCAGCACGACACCCACAGAGAGAAGCUGGCAAAGGAACAGCUGUUUCCAGCUGCUGUAACAUACGUGUACACACGUGACAACGGGAAGGAACUUCCUGUACGCAGACGAAGUAUGAAACGUGAGGACUUCUGAGUGCAGGUCCGAGUGAAUUGUGAUCUUUUGCGUGAUGCUGUUCAGCCGAGAAUCUUGUCACCAUCCGGACCCUUCGUUCUCCCCAUCAGCCCAUGUGACCUAGUUUUGGCCCCUCAGGCCUGGGGGAGACCCCAUGAAUCCCAGCCUCCCCCCAAAAAAGCGCGAGUCCCGGCAAGGCUCGUCGGAACAGCGCCCCCCGGAGGACGAGUUCAAAUACCCGGCGCCGAUUCGACACCGGAGACACCACCAUUCCGAGGGGCGGGAGCAUGAACCACGUGGCGACAAAGAACUCCUUCCACCACCUCCACCUCCUCCCCAACCCCCACUUUCACACCUUCCAUUCUCCCUAUCAUGGCAGCUGCCCUACCAUUCACCACUUCACCACCCAUACCUUUCUGGCCAGGUGAGAGAAAGACGUGGCUCAGGUUCACCUUCCUGGAGAGAUGGAUCAAGUGCACGAAGGUCAGAGGGUGAAACAGAAACGGCAAUCCCUCAACACUCUCGCUGGCUACGAGGAGAAAUCAAUUCCCUUGGUUUGCAUCCGUCCAUGCCGAUGCCUACGUACAAGGGCACUUAUGCAGUUGAUUCCAGGGACAUGUGGCCCUAUUUUAGCCCUACACGGCGAGACUAUGCCUCCUCUCUCUUCCCUUCAUCCUCCUCUGCACACCUUUUCCAACAAACAUCACUCUACCACAACGAUUUUCUCUCAGAAAGCAGGCUCAGGUACUCAGGCAGGAGACCCAAUGGUCUUGAUGGACAAGGUAUUAGAUCAGAAUCCAGUGGAAGAGCAGAAAGUGGGAAUGACUCUCAAUCCAGAGUUGGCAGUUCCCACUCAAAUGGAAGGAAGAGGAAUCAAGAAGAUCUGGUAGGGCGUGAUACUAGGAGGGUAUCCCCGUCCCAGACGGGUCCUAAUGCACAUUCCUUCCAUCACAAUACAGACAGGGACUCUCUGGCAAUCCUAAAACCUCCAACUCCCCACACUUACACCUCUGAAACGCGAAAGACAAAGGCUCCUCAUGAACCUUGCACUGGAAGUGCCUCCCAAUCUGGAGCUCAGAUCUACUAUGCCCUGGGGUCUAUUUACUCCUCGGUUCACCAUAACCCUCAGGCAUACCCCAGUUUUAAUCCCUCAGGUCCUCCUCCUUCCCCUUUGAGGAACUCCCAGCACUCCCCUCAUGGUCAGCAUAAUAACCAUGGGGUCCAUCAGGAGCGAGAACUUUCACCAGGAUCCUAUCGACCUUCUGUUUCAGUCCUCAGUGGUCCUCACCCACCAACAAGUGCAGUCCUACCUCAUUUUGCCAAGGGUUCACUUAUUGAGUUGGCCGGUGGCCGUCUGAAAAGGGUGGAAGAGUUACAGACAGAGGAUUUCCUGCACAGUGCUGACACCACACCUGAGUUCCACCUGAGUACCUGCACCAUCCUACUUAUCUCACCUGGACCCACUGAUGGCUUCAAUCAUCUGCAGGUUUUGCUUGCCGACCGCAACACUCAGGAAUUGCUCACGGUUUUGGAGGAGUAUCCAUUUUUCGUGCGGGACAGAGGCUGGUCUUCAUGCAGUCCUCAGAGGAGCGCCGAUCUCUACGGCCUCCACUGCCGCCAGCUCAGUCCAGGAGACGUCUGCUUGGCUUUGACCCCGACACCAACCUCAUUGCCCCCGACGACAACGACAACCCUCACACCAACCCCCAACUCGCUGACCCCACUGGCCACCAUAGCCUCCUCAGUGACCUCAACGAUGUCCUUACUGAACUCAUCGUUGACCUCGUUACCCCCAAUGAUGACCUCGCCAAUCCUGACACCCACCUCGCUGCACUCAUGCGAUCGCAUUUCUGCAGGAUCAGAGACCAGCACACACAGAUCUGACAGAACAGCUACGCCCCUUGCCCCUUCGCUUCUGUCUGAUUCCCGGCGGGAGAUCCAGGAUAAACCACGCUCCCGAAAGAGACGCUGGUCCGCCCCCGAGUUGCAUGAAGGAAAUAGGAGCUGCACAGAUUUACCUCAAGGAUGUAAACGAAUGAGACAGCAGUAAGUCCUCAUUUAGAGUCUGAGUUGACCAAGAAGUGUUUUUAUUUCAUCACAUGUCAACAAUUAAUACAGUAACCCUCAUAAAAUCCAGUUUUUAACAAUAAGAAGGAUCUGGUUAUAUAUGAUGAAACAAAAAUCACGUGAAAGAGUGCAAUCUGAGUGACAUCGUUGGUCACUAGUCCCUAGUCACUUGUUAUCAAAGCUAAACUUAUUUUAAAAACGAUUUAACAACAUUGUUAAUGCUAAACGCCGUAUACUGCGAUUAUGACAUCACAUUCAUUGAUGGAAAUUCUAUGCAUCUUUAAUCAGUGUUAGCCUGAUGUCAUUCAUACCACUGGAAUGUCUCUGUUCAGAUUGGUCAGAAGGUGUUUUCUAACAGCAGCUCUGACAAAAACCAGAGCUUCAAAUCACAGCUUAUGUUACACUAAUAUUGCACUAGCAGUUUGUAUUUAGGUAAAUCUUAAAUAUUUGCAAUAUAUACUUUGCAAACUUGUUGGCUAUUUAGUGUGGGUUAAGAGGAAGGAAACACUUCGGGAAAAGCUGUUAGUGGAAAAUAACGGACUUCAUCACACCGCCAUGUUGAUGGUUAAUUUUAGAUGUAGAUUUAUCGCUUCAUUUAUAAUUUGAAGAACGUUUUUCUCUAAAAUGAAUGGUAAUUCAAUGUGAAAGUUAACACUUUGUUGGCCAGGAUGGCUUCGGGAAACAAAAAAAAAGUGAAAUCACUUGAAUUAGCUGGUGUAUUUUAGAAAGAAAAAUUCUCAAAUUAUAAAUUUCAAUUUGAAAAAACUGAAAUUAAAAUGAUCAAUUAAAUUUAUCACUGUACCAAAAAAACGUGGUAUUUUUGCAUUCGAAUUUUUUUUUUUUUUUUUUACAUUUUUUAAAAUGUUAAUUUUUUAAAUUUUAUUUAAAAAAUAUCUGUGAACGUUUUCAUCCUAUAUAAGUGACGGGUAACAGGACAACAAAUAAAAUAUUGCUUGUGAGGUUAAUAAGUGAUGAAAUACGAACACAUCUUGGCAGAAACAUUUGCACAGAGAGUUCACGGAGUCAUGUGAGGACGUUAAAAACCAAACUGAUCAUUCGUGACCUCAUGGAUACUUUGGAAGAGCCAUAUGUGUUUUUGUGUUUAUUGGUUAAAACGGGUUCGGAAAGGAAGGACAGAAGGAAAAAAGAAAAAAAAAACAGCAACAACAACAACGCAAUGCUAGUGAUGCACAGUCAGACUUUCUGUCUUUUGAGACAAUCAAACUCGCCUGUUGUUGACGCCACGUCUGUUUUCGGUGUACUUUUUUCUGCAGGGUAUCUCUUUUCAGUCAGUAUUAUCAAGGAAAUAAUAUUGAAUGGAAAAAAAGACUAUAUAAUUAUAUGAAUAGUUCUAUAUUAUACAGGUGUUACACAUGAAUAUGCUAAAAAAAAAAAAAAAAACGACAACAAAUAUGACUAACAUUAAUGGUUACCUUUUUUUUUUUUUUUUUUUUAAAUUUCCCGCAAUGCAGUUUUCUUUCACGCUUCUAAACCGAGCCUUGGCUCUCGAGGUGAAUGUACACAGAUUUUUCAGCUUUGCAAUACGAGGUCCAAAUGUGAAUUCACCUCAGCAUUACACUCCAAUGUGUGGGUAAAAAAAACAAAAAACGGAAAAGACACUAAAGGAGAAAAGGAAAAAAAAAAAAAGAGAAGAUUCCUGUAGAUAACGGGACAUCCGUUGGUGUUUUUCCAUGAGAAAGGGGUUUAAAGGUGCUAAUAACACGUUGGAAGGUGAUGCUUUGUGAGUCCACUUGACCUCGCAAUGUGCUUUUUUUUUCCCCCCUUCAUAUUUUUUGCACCCUCUUUAUUUUUCUGUAUGAUAUGAGAGCAGGGGAAUAUAUAUAUAUAUAUAUAUAUAUAUAUAUAUAUAUAUAUAUAUAUAUAUAUAUAUAUAUAUAUAUAUAUAUAUAUAAAUAUAUAUAUAUAUUUAAAAAAAAAAAAGAAAAGUAUUUUGAACUCAGAUACGGGUAUUCAUUCUUGAUCAAGCACACUCUUUCCCUUUCUUUUUCAUUUUUUUUCUUUCUUUUUUUUGUGGUGGUGUUAUUUUUCCAGAAAAAAAGAGGAUCGUUUAUUUUUUUUCCUUCCUUUAUAAAUGUAUAGCUAUAAAAUUGUAUAUUUUUAACACUUGUGAGACUGUAAAACAGUGUUCGCUAGAAAUAAAAGAAUGCUUUAUAGAUUUAAA